AUGAAUUUGAGGCGAUGGGCUUGCUAUCCUAUGUUGUUGGGUCGAGUUAGAAGAAAUUUCAAGCAUAUUUUGUUUGUGGAUGUAAAGGAAAUGUUAAUAGUCGGUGACCCACUCGGCCGAGUCAGGAAUCAGAGUCCCGAGUCGGUUCAUUUAACUUCAAACAUCCAUGCCCUGUCCACCAAACACGGGAAGAAGAAAUCGGAUAAAACCCAGUCAACUCGGCAGAAAUCAGUCAAUCCGGCAAUUAUAAUGGGGGGUGCAAGAGGGGUUAGAAGAUUAUCAAAUGCCAUGUUAACUGAAAUUGCUAGAGCAGCAAUGCAGCACAAGAAGAAGAACUCGGUUACUGAGUUGGGACUCUUCAAUCAACUCGUACGAAAUGAGUUCAUAUUGACAAACGUGAAAUUGAUGACGUCGGCCGAGCCAAUCCCAGAACUGAGUUCACUCGGUGGGUCAAACCCAAAGUCAGGUUCUUCCUUGGCCAUAUCAAACUAUACCUUGAUUAGAGCUGGCAAUAGCAAUUUGGCCGUUAAUGCUAUAUUAAUGAAGCACAUAUGCUCGUCUGCACUAGAUUCCACAGUUUAUAGUGAUUGCUAA